AUGGAACCCCUCUACCCAGAAUGGAACCCCUCUACCCAGUAUGGAACCCCUCUACCCAGUAUGGAACCCAUUGACCCAGUACGGAACCCCUCUACCCAGUAUGGAACCCCUAUACCCAGUUAUGGAACCCCUAUACCCAGUAUGGAACCCCUCGACCCAGUACGGAACCCCUCUACCCAGUUAUGGAAACCCUAUACCCAGUUAUGGAACCCAUCGACCCAGUAUGGAACCCAUCGACCCAGUAUGGAACCCCUCGACCUAGUAUGGAACCCCUAUACCCAGUUAUGGAACCCCUCGACCCAGUAUGGAACCCAUCGAACCAGUACAGAACCCCUCUACCCAGUAUGGAAACCCUCAACCCAGUAUGGAAACCCUCUACCCUCGACCCAGUAUGGAACCCAUCGACCCAGUACGGAAGCCCUCGACCCAGUAUGGAACCCCUCGACCCUGUAUGGAACCCCUAUACCCAGUUAUGGAACCCCUCGACCCAGUAUUGAACCCCUGGACCCAGUAUUGAACCCCUCGACCCAGUUAUGGAACCCCUCGACCCAGAAUGGAACCCCUCGACCCAGUUAUGGAACCCCUCGACCCAGUUAUGGAACCCCUCUACCCAGAAUGGAACCCCUCGACCCAGCACGCAACCCCUCUACCCAGUAUGGAACCCCUAUACCCAAUUAUGGAACCCCUCAACCCAGUAUUGAACCCCUCGACCCAGUAUGGAACCCAUCGACCCAGUAUGGAACCCCUCUACCCAGUAUGGAAACCCUUGACCCAUUAUGGAACCCCUGGACCCAGUUAUGGAACCCCUGGACCCAGUAUGGAUCCCCUCAACCCAGUAUUGAACACCUCUACCCAGUAUUGAACCCCUCAACCCUCGACCCAGUAUGCAACCCCUCAACCCAGUAUGGAAACCCUCUACCCUCGACCCAGUAUGGAACCCCUCGACCCAGUAUGGAAACCCUCUACCCAGUAUGGAACCCCUCGACCCAGUAUGGAACCCCUCGACCCAGUAUGGAAUCCCUCGAACAGGUAUGGAACCCCUCGAUCCAGUAUGGAAACCCCUCGAACCAGUAUAGAACCCCUCGAUCAGGUAUGGAACCCCUGGACCCAGUAUGGAACCCCUGGACCCAGUAUGGAACCCCUCAACCCAGUAUGGAUCCCCUCAACCCAGUAUGGAACCCAUCUCCCCAGAAUGGAACCCCUCUAACCAAUAUGGAACCAAUCGACCCAGUCGGGAAACCCCCUACCCACCAGCUAGAACCUAAGAACAUCCCCCAACCUGUAGCCCGUAGCCAGCUAGAACCUAAGACCAUCCCCCAACCUGUAGCCCCUAGCCAGCUAGAACCUAAGACCAUCCCCCAACCAGUAGCCUCUAGCCAGCUAGAACCUAAGAACAUCACCCAACCUGUAGCCCCUAGCCAGCUAGAACCUAAGAACAUCCCCCAACCUGUAGCCCCUAGCCAGCUAGAACCUAAGACCAUCCCCCAACCUGUAGCCUCUAGCCAGCUAGAACCUAAGACCAUCCCCCAACCUGUAGCCCCUAUCCAGCUAGAACCUAAGAACAUCCCCCAACCUGUAGCCCCUAGCCAGCUAGAACCUAAGACCAUCCCCCAACCUGUAGCCUCUAGCCAGCUAGAACCUAAGACCAUCCCCCAACCUGUAGCCCCUAGCCAGCUAGAACCUAAGACCAUCCUGCAACCUGUAGCCCCUAUCCAGCUAGAACCUAAGAACAUCCCCCAACCUGUAGCCCCUAGCCAGCUAGAACCUAAGACCAUCCCCCAACCUGUAGCCCCUAGCCAGCUAGAACCUAAGACCAUCCCCCAACCUGUAGCCCGUAGCCAGCUAGAACCUAAGACCAUCCCCCAACCUGUAGCCCCUAGCCAGCUAUAA